AUGAUUCUCACCAUGCUGGUGAUGCUCAACCUCUGCUGCUCUGUACAGAACACCAACCGUAUCAGCACCAAAACAGCACACAUCACAGGCUUUGGUUACGUUGAAAGCUUGUGGCAAAGAUCUGGAUCCCGGUUCUUUUGGAACUGGGAUGGCUUUGAGGACUACCUCAUCUUCAUGUUGGCCUUCACGCUGCCCUGUGCCUUCACCACCCUUAUCCUCCUGGGCUCCUCUCUGUUUGUGGAGUCCCUGGGCUUCCUGGCCUUGCUGACAGAGGCCAUGCUGGGGCUCCCACAGCUGCUCCAGAACCAACGCAACCACUCCACCACCGGCAUGAGUGUGAACAUGGUCCUACUGUGGAUGGCCGGGGACAGCUUCAAGACGGCCUACUUUGCCCUGAAGGAGAGCCCGCUCCAGUUCCUGUUGUGUGGGCUGACUCAGGUACUGGUGGAUCUGGCUAUCCUCUGUCAAGUGUGUCUCUACAGCCAAGACCCCUGGGACAAACUGGCUUAACUAACCCCAACCCUAGCUAACUCUAACCCGAGCUAACUCUAACACUAGUUAACUCUAAC